AUGUCUGCAAUAGAGCAAGCGUCCAGCCAGAGCAUCAAGCCGUUCAAGUCAAGCGAGGAGUACCUUUAUGCGAUGAAGGAGGACUUAGCCGAGUGGCUGAAGGAGUUAUACCGCAUCGACGUGACCGUUAACAACAUACUGGAUGUGCUGGAGACGGGCGCUUUGCUUUGUGCCCACGCCAACAACGUGACACGGGUGGCCGAGGAGUUUAGGCAGACACACGGCCGGACUCACCUGCAGCUGCCCACAUCUGGAGUUACUUUCGUUUCAGCUCCACCUGCGACAUUUCUAGCCCGGGAUAACGUGUCCAAUUUUAUCAACUGGUGUCGUCAUCAGAUGAAUAUUAAAGAUGUUUUAAUGUUUGAGACAGAUGACCUUGUCCUGCGCAAGAAUGAGAAGAACUUUGUGCUUUGUCUGCUCGAGGUGGCCCGACGGGCCUCUCGCUUUGGGAUGGCUGCUCCUGUCCUCAUCCAGCUGGAGCAGGAGAUCGAGGAGGAGAUUCUGGAGGAGAUGGAGAAGCCUGUGCAUGAGACAACACAGCCUGUGGCCCAGAGAUGCAUACAGAACACUCAGAACCUGGAUGAGAUGGUUCAGUAUCUGAUAAGUCGCUGCACUUGUCCCACCCAGUUCCCCAUGGUGAAGAUAUCAGAUGGCAAAUACAGAGUUGGAGACUCCAACACCCUUAUAUUUGUGCGAAUCUUAAGGAACCAUGUGAUGGUGAGAGUGGGUGGAGGAUGGGACACCCUGGAGCACUAUCUAGACAAACAUGACCCCUGCCGCUGCACAUCUCUCACCCAUAAGCUGGCGCAUCGCCCAGCCACCCCAGUCCAUGAGAUCAAAGCCAGGCCUUGCGGGCCCGAAGGCCAGGCUGGGUCUCAGACGAUUCUGUUGCUGAGCCGAGCCCAAUCCCCGCUGGAGCCAGUGCUUUGGAGCCCUUCUGCCCCCUCUAGAACCCAAAGAGUGAGUCCCCAACCAAGGCUGUCCUACUCCCCGCAGCCAAGCCUCCGGAACUGUCCCUCUCCCGAUAAACUGAAGGAGAGGGCAGAUAUCCUGUUUUGCAGACAGACCUAUUCUGAAAGUAAGGAUGACUCUGUGCUGAAGUCUACCAGCAGGACAGGCCGAGAGGCAAUGCGUGUAUCUCCUUCUCCACGUCUAACCAGCAGUCUUCCACGACCAGCUCGCCCCUCUACUCCACCACAGCCUGAAACUCAGCGUCCUAGUACGCCCCUGGUCUUCCAGAGGGUCCAGAGUCAGACCUCUCCUCAACACCAGCAAGGCCCAGACAACAGGUUGGGUAACAACUGGAGCAAAUCACAGUUUGUCUCCAAGCUGAGACAGACUGCCACAGCUGGGGCAAAGAGCAAUGAAGAGAGGCCGAGCGUUCCACAGAAGCCAGCUGGUUCAGUGUCAGCUAGGCCCUUCCUGUGCAUAACACCAGAUCUGAAUCUUAAUACCAACAAAAACAGUUUGGUAGUUCAUCAGCCUCCUACAAUCAGUAUUCAAGAAUCCGAUGACAGUGGGAAUGAUAGGAAGAGCCCUGACUUCAUUCGCACAUUUUGUCCAUCUAAAGGACUAAUGGGUGUCAUAUCAGGGAAAGCACAUGCUAGGUGCCUUAUCCCAACUGGAAAAGGCCAACCAGGUGGCUCCUCAGACCAUUCAUCACGAAAUACACCUAAUCUUGAUGGAAAUGAGAGAAGUCAACAGAGAUUCAAAGUUUCUGGUCAUCAGCCAACUGGAACAGUCUCUGAUGUGCACUCAAAGAGUGGAGACCAAGAGAUGGAGAAUAGAUACCUCUUUACUCCUCCUCCAAUCAGUCCUGCUCAGGAAGCUGUCUUGUAUCAGAGCCUUGAGGAGGAGAUCCUGUCCAAUCUGCAACAGCUCGGCAUGGACUCUGAUGCCAGUGACUCAGAAAAUGAUCAGUACAGGUCUCGUCCUGAGACUCCUCUAAAUUCUCCAGAGAUGACAUAUGAAAUCCAGAAACCUUCUGUCACUAUGUCCUCUUCUGCUUCUAAACCAAAUGAUGCAAAGGAGGCUCAGUUUCAGGCUGUCAUUGUUGAGCUCUCGAAUGGGAAGAAGAAGCUUGAGAAAGUGUCUAUUGAAAACUGGGUGAACAGUCUGUCUAGAGAUUUCAAGGGCAGGAAGCAAGAAAUCCAUGCUGACACUGACCCAAACCAUCUGAAGGUUUCAAAACUCUCUGUGGCCAGUUCCUGGUCCUCCCUAGGUUCCAGUAUAGAUUCAGAAAGCAAGAGAAUUGUGGAGACAGAUUUGACACCAGGUAACUCAUCAAACUCUGGGACUUACAAAUUUGAAAAUCCCCAGGCCUCUUCCUUCCGUCAGAAGAGGUCCUUGAAGAAGCCAGAACGAGUGCCUUCUAUAUAUAAGUUGAAAUUGAGGCCUUGUAUACACCCCAGACGGGACCACAGACCUGACAAGAAACCGUCUAAGAUCCCUAAACCGGUUUCCUAUAGGGGAAGUCAGAGCUUAGAUGCCCCUCAGACCAAGAUGCCGGUGGACAGCACUGCUGUUUGUUACAGUCAGAAAGGACUAGAUACUCCUCACAGAGCUUCUACAAUGAGACACCCCAGGAAAACCCCUCAGACUAUGUCCAAAAUCAGUCCCUCGGCAGGGUGUGCCAAACAGUGCCAAGGAACAGACCAGGAGGUCGUGACUGAUCAGGAGCUUGAAACCUGGGUUUAACCUGGGAUUAACUGCUUUUCUCACAUAUGAUAAUUUAUACCAUCUUUGUAUCUCUUUGCAAGGUUAAAGUCAGCAAGGCUAUAUAUCAAUCAAGGACUGUUUUCCAUGGUAUGCAAAUUUGCC